AAUUUCCUGCCCCUGAGGAAGCACUUGGUUCCGACGAGCCUGCUUCUCUUUUCCCCUCUGUGGCCUCACAGGAGGAGUUGGCGGGCAGCCCCGGACCCUUCGGCCCCACCAGAUCCCGGCCUGAGGACGCUGGGAGAGAUGCCCUGGGCCAUCCUGCUCCUCGCAGCCACAGCCGGUUCCUUGGCCAUCCCGGCACCGUCCAUCUUCCUGGUGCCGCCCUACCCUACCAGCCAGGAGGACCCCGUGCAUAUCUCAUGCACAGCGCCCAUGGCUUUCCUGGGGGCAAACUUCACGCUGUACCGAGGGGGACACGUGGUCCAGCUCCUGCAGGCCCCUGCGGGCAAGGCGGGGGUCACGUUCAACGUGAGUGGCAGCUGGAGCAGCGAGGCUCCCAGCGGGCAGUUCCACUGCCAGUACGGCGUGUUGGGCGAGCACAGCCAGCCCCAGCUGUCGGACCUCAGCCAGCCGGUGCAGGUCUCCUUCCCAGUGCCCACUUGGAUCCUGGCGCUCUCCCUCAGCCUGGCUGGAGCCUUCCUCCUCCUCGCUGUGCUGGUGGUCUUUGCGGUGGUGGUCAGGAAAGUUAAAGUCAAAAAUUUACAGAAGAAGAGAGAGCGGGAAUCGUGCUGGGCGCAGAUUAACUACAACAACACAGACAUGUCGUUCGACAACUCCCUGUUUGCCAUCUCUGAGAGGACGACUUCCGAGGAAGACCCAGCGGCCAGCCUGGACGCUUGCCGCGGCAGUGCCGGGCCCCGGAAGAGGCCGACCUCCACGUCCUCCUCGCCAGAGCCCCCCGAGUUCAGCACUUUCCGGGCCUGCCCGUGAGGCUGAGGACUGGGGAGCCCUCCGUUCAGCCCACCGCCUCUCAAGCGGCCUAGAGGCUUUUGGGGGCUCAGGGCCUCCCAGGACUGGGGAGGGGGCGUUUCCAACCCAGCCGCUGCUUUCUCAGGGAAUUGAACAGGGGCACGGAGGGAACCGGAGGACCUUCUUCCCAGAAGCGUGGGAGAGGGGUGAAGGUGUGGGGCCUGCGGAUUGGACAGAAAGCACGGAGCCCCUCUGCGCAGCCCCAGCUUCUCCAAACCACCAGAGCCGGGUACGGCGGCGCGCACCCGUCAUCCCAGCACUCGGGAGGCCGAAGCAGCAGGAUCGCUGUGAGUUCAAG